AUGUUGGAAUUUCGAACGCAGGGUUACAAUGGCUACAGCGUCAAGUACUCACCAUUCUUCGAUUCGCGCAUAGCCGUAGCCAGCUCUGCAAACUUCGGACUCGUAGGGAAUGGCAGACUCUACAUUCUAGGCUUGACAGCGAACGGAAUAGUCGCAGAGAAGUGGUUCGAUACACAAGAUUCGCUCUUCGACAUCGCCUGGUCCGAAGCGCAUGAGUCGCAAAUCCUCACCGCAGGCGGCGACGGCUCUGUCAAGCUCUUCGACAUCAACGUGGCGCAAUUCCCCGUGCAGUCCUGGACCGAGCACGCGCGCGAGGUCUUCAGCGUGCACUGGAAUCUAGUCUCCAAAGACACGUUCCUCUCCUCGUCCUGGGACGGCACAAUCAAGAUCUGGAACCCGAACCACAACGCCAGCAUCACCACGCUGCCGACACAUAGCUGCACGUACAGUGCGCAGUUCAGUCCGCACGCGCCGAGCAUCGUAAGCAGCGUGAGCAGUGAUAGUCACUUGAGGGUGUUUGACCUCAGGACGCCCGCGAGCGCCAGCAACCACCUCACGCUAAACAUCCCAAUACACACACCGCCGAAGCCGCGGAUGGGUGCUGCAGCGCCCGUUGGCGUGCCGCCGAGCGAAGCACUAACACACGACUGGAACAAGUACCGGGACAGCAUCGUCGCAACAGCCGGCGUGGACCGUCUGAUACGGACUUUCGACAUCAGAAUGCCAGGGGCUGGGCCCAUUGCCGUGCUGCCCGGCCACGAGUACGCUGUGCGGAGACUGACCUGGAGUCCGCACCUGUCCGACAUACUGCUCAGCGCGAGUUACGACAUGACGUGUCGCGUGUGGACAGACGGGAGCGCCAUGGGCGCCGGCACAAUGAAGCAGGAGAACAUGCUGGAUGAUCCCAUGGUGCACGGGGGCGGGCGAGAAAUGGGUAGAAUGGGGCGGCACACCGAGUUCGUCACUGGCGUCGACUGGUGUUUGUUUGGCGCUGAGGGCUGGUGCGCGAGCACGGGGUGGGACGAGAGAGUCAUGAUCUGGGAUGCUAGAGCCAUUAUGCGAUGA